UUCCAAUGCGAUUAACUUUUCGUGCUAUGUUUCCAAUUUGAUUAUUGCUUCUGGGAAUGUUAGUGUUUGUAAUUUUAGUUUUAUCUUUAUUUCAUUCAUUUUCUUUUUCAAUUGUUAAAUUCGUUGUAUGGCUUGUUACGCAUCUUUUUUGCAUUUUGUGAUUGUGGUGUUAUGAAUUAGCAUAUUGCUAUUUGGUUGGAAUUGAACUAUUCUGUGUGUUUAGAAAGAGGGACUUAGGUUAGGAUUUGGAUUUGGGUUUCUCCAAAGUAUGAUUGUGAUUCUGUCUCACUCACCUUAUUAUUUUUGUUCUUAUUAUAGGAAUUUUAUGUAGCUAACUUUUGAACCUCUGUUCUGACUUCUGAGUAAUCGUGGGAUGUUGCAUUAGGGAUAGUUUUUUCCCGUCUUUUUCAUAGUAAUGAUUUAUUAGGAGGAAAAGACGAGGAUUAUAAGCUAUAACCUCGAUUCCCCAUUCAAGAAAUCACUUAUGUGCGUGAGAGUACUAUGAGUUAUCUCAUGCCAUCUGCCACCCUUAGAAAUGGCUAACUUUGCCUACUCAAACCAGUUUUGUUAAAUUCUGAUGUAAAUGCUUAUAUUGGUCUGAUAUUUUCUUUUUUAUGCCAACCUUCAGUUAAAAUUUUUUUUAAUACUGAAUGGUGGUCUCUAUGUUGACAAGUUAUUUUUGAAGAAAGUGUUCACUAAUAAUAUAAAGCAGUAACCUCUGUUGAUUGAAUAGUACCAUGUUGAGUUGGGGGAGUUGAAACAGAACGAAAGAAACUAGGAAAAUUUUGUCUGAGAAUCAUGAUAUGUUAUGUAAAAAAGUUAUCUACAUUAUACUAACUUCUUUUGUAAAACCAAAAGUCUAGGUAGUGUUGCCUUGGAGAUGAGAAAAGCAGCAUAAAUAUGUAAGCCAAGAAACUGUUCCCUUGAUUUAUAUCAGACUGCUUAGAAGAUUCAGUGGAAUAAGUCAACUAAGCAUCUUGCCAGAAGCAUAGACUGUGUGGUUAAUGCUUGUUGCUCAGUUUAGCAACGAGAGGUAGUAGAAGGUGUCACUUACAAUACGAGUUGUAUGUAAUGACUUUGGAACCAGAAGCUACAGUAUUGUACUGAAAUUGGCUAGUGGACUUACUGACUGCGAUAUUAAACUGUAUGAGAAGCUUUUUCCAGCAGACAGAUUCAAUUGUUGGGUCAAGGAGAGGAAUAGUUGGUUUUAACAUUUUAUGCAUGGUUGACACUGUCCAUACAAGGUCACACUCGUAUCAACUAUAUUUAUAACUAAAGAGAUCAAGUUCCACGGUUGAGGCAAUGCGGUAUCAUGUGUUUCUUCAGUACCAUGUCUUUCACAAACCAAUGUGAGAUGAUUUUGGAUGUUCUAUGUUGUUGUUAAUUUGUCAUGGGAAACAAAUUUGUCAGGGGAGACAAACAGGCGAAGCAAGAAAAGAAUGACAUAAUAUUACUCAAAAUUGUUCCUCCUGUGGACCAGACAUAUGUUAAAUGGCUUGCCAAAAACCUUGCAAGAAUUCACAGCUUUACUCCCAAACGUGCUCGCCCAGUGCAGCCGCCAGAUCAUUAUGUAGAAUAUAUGAAGUUGAAUGGAUGGUUGGAUGUGGAUUUGGAUGAUCCUGAUCUUGCUCAUUUGUUCAAGUAGACGAUUUCUGUAUGACAGACAAUUAGCAGGAUUUUAUAGCUGCAUUAAGAUAACAUUAAAUUUUUCAGUGAGCAAGAGAUAUGGUAGGCAUGUUGUGGCUUUUGUUUGACUAAGAAAUUCUUGUAGAUGGUUGUAUUCCGAAAAACUAGUGUUGAUCACAACUCACCGGUGGGCGAAGAAACAUGCUAUAUUUUAUACAAUAGAAUUUUUUGUUCAACCA